GUCACACUGGCUGAUAUUGUGAGGAGCUGCAGGGCUGAUAGUCGCUUUUGUUUCAGCUUCCUGGUUCGUGCUCUCAGACUUGUACAGCCCAGAUUUAAUUCGCAGAAACACAUAUUACUUCCCAGUUGAGACUUUCGACGAGCAAGUUAGUUAACACGCUAGGACAAGGGACGAACCGCUCUCGGUGCCUGUGAACGUGAUCUGUCGUGACAACAACAAAAUGAAGCUUGUUGUUAUUUUUGUUGUGCUGUUUGUGGGUCUUGGUGCAUCUACUUCUCCGGGUUUCAAAGCAAGAAUAACCCAGAGUGGCCUUAAUUAUGCAAACAAAAUGGCUAUGUUGGCCUUAUCCCAGUCCAUCAAGAAACUCCAUAUCCCAGACCAGUCCGGCAAAUCUGGAAAAGUGUCCUACGAUAUAACUGGAAUGACAAUUUCCAGCUUCACGUCUCCACGCAGCUCAAUGUUGCCGCAGAAAGGGGCGGGCAUCAAGUGGAACGCCGCUGGGGCAGACUUGGCCAUGCACGGAAACGUCCACUACAAGUACAAGCAAGGAUGGAUCAAGAUUUCAGACCAUCUGGUUCAGUGGAAUUGGGGCAUAGAAGAUCCACUUCCAUGGUGGCUUCCUGGCUUUUAUAGCCUCUUCAGUGGCUCUCAUCGUAGGAAGAAGGCCAAGGACCUUCUCCGAGUCAGAGUCAGAUGUGUACCCUUUCGAUUACUGCUGCCAUCAACACUGAUGCCAACAAACAACUACAAAAGCUCUCCCAUGACAGUCUCGGUGCUGAAGACGUUCUUGCUGGACUACAGCCUCAUCUCAAACCCGACCUUCGACACCAAGUUCAUGGAGACCAUGCUGAAGGGAGAAGUUUACUGGAAGGGAGGAAAGGAGGAAUGUCCAUUCAGCCCGACCCCCCUGCCGACCACAACCGACACCUCCCGCAUGCUGUACCUGUGGGUGUCAGACUUCAUGGGCAACUCUCUGGCUUAUGCUGGCUUCAAGCACGGCUUCCUCCAGCAUAAUCUGACUGCCAAGGAUCUUCCACCCGGUAACAGGUCAAUCUUUAACACAACUUGCACAUACAAGUGCAUUGGCUUUUUCAUUCCACAGAUCAGCAAGAAAGACCCCAACAGUCAAGUGACGAUGAGGAUGCACGCCACUGCACCUCCCAACAUCACCAUCACUGGCGGCCUCAUCAACAUGAACUUCAGUGGGAACGUUGACCUCUACGCCAAGACUCCAAGUGGAAAGACUCCCUUCCUGCUUACCAUCUCUGUUGUGCUUGUUGCCAAGGUGACUGCCAACAUAGACAGACAGCUUGUGAAGGGGAAGAUUACCAGUACAAACCUCCAGCUGGAUGUGAAGAACUCUACUGUUGGCCCAGUGUCGUCUACAGCCCUCCAGCUGGUGAUGAACACUGCUAUCAAUCUGUUUGUCCUUCCACAGCUUAACGCCCAGGGACAGAAAGGACUGGUUCUGCCUGUAACAGACAACAUCCACUUCACCAAUGCUCAUCUCACCCUUCUCAAGGGAGCACUUCUCGUCUCCACCGACCUGUCCUACUCUCCAAGCACUGAUGAGGAUGAUCUUCGCCUUAACAAGGCAAAUCUCCCCAACACAACCCGUGACCGUGCGAUGACGUUCAAAGUUGUGGGACGGAAACAGCCAGUUUCCAACCAGAUCUAACUUGCCCUAUAUCCUGCAUCCUUGUCUCUCAUUGUUACAGAUCUGUUCAGAAGAUGCAUCUGAACUAGACACUAAAUAUAUUUCACAAUAUCUAAAUAAAGGAAAAAGGUCAAAUGUUUAAUAAUUGACUUUGAAAAAGAUAUUUUAGAAAUAAACAGGGUUGUCAAACAAUCUUUCUGGGUGCAGUGGGAGCCAGUGGUCACCUGCUGUCAGCAUCAGCAUUAUUUAAAUUCUCAAAUCUAUGUUCAGAUAUUUUCUCUGUUUGUCACGCAGUAGUAGACAACAAUAUUUCCUGUUUUCCAACACCCUGCGUCAGUAACGAUAGAUCUAGUGACGGUCAUGUACUUACAUACCAGCAUAUUUGUGGAACCUUUAAGUCUAACAGUCACUUGUGCUUUAAUCACUAUUUUGUAGGUAGGAUUGCAAACAAUCUCCAUUAAUCCAGCAUUCUGUCAUUUUUACCUGUGUCCAGGAGUGUUUAUUGCUGGUCACAGGGGGAUAAAUAUAUAUUUUUGGUUUCCCAUACAACUGUAUAUUUCUAUAAAUAACAUUCCAUUUAUCAGCUUUAAAGAUCGCAUAUACUCUAGGGGUUACAAAUACAUAAAUCACUAACUGGCAUCGCUAUAAAUGAAACCCCGUCAUUAAAACUACUCACUUCGGUCUUUAAUUAACUUAAAUCGACCUUUUUGACAACAGUGCACAAUUCUCACCCGCUACACACUUUCUAUACAACUAACUGAAAAUCGUUCCUCAUAUGACAUCACUGCAGUGAUGUUCUCCAGGAUGACUGGUGAUAUGUUGUAGGGUAUCAAUAGUAUCAAACUCUCCGUGGAAUCUCGCUCAAGGUGUAAAUAUUCCUAUGGUCUUGAAGGAGUAGAAUCUGAAAUUUGUGAAAUGAAUUUGUGUGAAGAUGAAUCUCACUUUUGAUAUACUAUCGUGUGGUGAUAUAUUGAGGGAGAUAUAUUUACCCAGAUAUUUGUGUGUUAAUCCUGUAGCUGUAAAGGAUAAUAUUUAAAAGUAAUCCUAUUUUACAGAACCUUGCUGUGUAUCUCCAGGACACAUUCAUAUUAUGAUGCAGUGUACGAAAGUGUUGAUGUGUUCUUGGUCAUGUUCUGGCUUUUGAUACUAUGGAGGCUAGUUAUUUUCUCACUUACCCCUUCAAAACCAGAUAUAUUUUUUUAUUUUAUAAAUUUGAGCCUAAAUUAAAAAGAAGAAAUUCUAAUGUAUUUUUGUGGCAUUAUUGUUUUAUAAUAAUUAAACCAUAUUGGAAGGCAUAUCUCAGUCAAAUUCUUCUUUCUCAUACAAUCCAAGAGUGUCUGGUACACAUCUAAACUUGUCUUAUAUAGGGAGAGGGAGUCUCGCAGGUUUAUGUUCUCCUUUGUGGAUGUGGUGGUUUUUAUGUUUUCCUUAUGACAUAUAUCUUUGGUUUGGUAUUGGUCUGAGACAGAAUAUUGUUUGGCAUUAAAAUUAAAUAAAUACCUUCCUAGCUGUUUUCAUCCUGAUUGUAUGAGGGGUUUGGGGUAACCUGCAGCUGCUGUAGUCAGGUGAGGUUACCAUGUACUGUGUGGGGUGGGGUAACUGCAGCUGCUGUAGUCAGGUGAGGUUACCAUGUACUGUGUGGGGUGGGGUAACCUGGGUGGUGUGGGUUACCAUGUGGGGUGGGGUAACCUGCAGCUGAUGUAGUGUGGUUACCAUGUACAGUGUGGGGUGACAUAUCAGAUGUUGUGUCUCCCAGAAACAUUCAUAGCAGAAUACUUCCUUUUAGUUCUUUAGAGAUGAUCAAAUAUUUUAGAUAUAUAUUGGUGGUGGAACAGAAUUUAAAACACUUAAACUUUUAAUUUAACAAUUAAUGGAAUAUAAAAGAACUGAAUAGUUUAUUUUAAUGUCACAUUUUUCAGUGAACUUGUAUGCAUAGGUAAAAGAUGUGAACGUUUUCUGUGAUAAGUCAAAUGCAUUACUUCUUAAUAUUGAUCUUUUUAUACAUGGGAGCAAGGGGUUGGCUAUGAAUGCCCUCUGACCCUUUUAAACAGUUGUAAUUACCAACAUAUGGUGACAUAAAUGUACUUUUUUAAAAAUCUCUCAUUACACAGACUACAUUACAUUAUUUAAUCCAAAUGUUGAACAAAAUUGAAGGAAUGAAUUCAAACCCCAAAUUAUUCUUCCUUUUUUUGUUUUUAAGGUUGCUCAGAAUUUUUAUUGGACAGAAUUUAUGGAUUAUAUUCCAACAAAAUCUUAGUGUUAUGUCUUUUUGAGUUCUUAGCAACAAAAAUCUUAGUGCUGAAGGUAUUGGCAAAGUGUGAGGUAUUAAUGGUGAAGGUAUUGACAAAGUGUGAGGUAUUAAUGAUUCUGGUCCCACCAACCUGGUGUGUGUCAGUCUACUUGAAACAACAUCUAUGCAAUACACUGUAUAUUUCUUAUGUGUGUCUUUCAUUGACUUGAAGUAUUUUCAUAAUAAACUAUGUUGCUUCAG